UUAGGAGGGGGGUGAAUUAUCUCUGCGCCGUUUUCUUUAGCUUUAACGAGGGUUUCGUUCAGUCCUGAUGGAGUUUUACGAGUUCAUCAAAACAGCCAAUGUGGAGGAUGUGGUUCUCAGGCAGCCGCUGCAGCCGCCGAGCCGGGGCACGCUCUGUGUCACCGGCCACCACUUGCUCUUCUCGGUCAGAGAGGACGGAAACGCCCGGCAGGUUCUGCUGCUGCUCAGGAACAUCGAUGCUACUGAGAAAAGCGUGGAGAACUUUUCCGGCUAUUCCAGUGUCUUCUCUAACACAGACCGCAGUAAAAGGAUGACGGGAUCCUCGGGGACCAUCACCGUCAAGUGCAAAGACCUGCGGGUUCUCCAGUUCGACAUCCCGGGCAUGGAGCAGUGUCUCAACAUCGCGCACUCUAUCGAGACCCUGUCCUGUCUGAGCUGCGUGUCGGAGAUGUAUCCCUUCUUCUACAGACCACCACACCUCAGCCUGCAGGACAAGUGGGGUCUGUCGUCCACGGAGGAGUUCUACAGUCAGACCAAGGAGCUGCACGACAGGUGGAGAGUGAGCAGUGUCAACAGAGGAUACGCCGCGUGUCCCUCCUACCCCGCGACGGUCAUCGUUCCUAAGGACGUAGAUGACGACAUGCUGAUGAAAGUAGCCAAGUUCAGGCAGGGAGGACGCUUCCCCGUGGUCUGCUACUGCCACAGAAAGAACGGCAGGGUUAUCGUACGCAGCAGUCAGCCGCUGACUGGAGCUAACAGGAAACGCUGCCAGGAGGACGCGUUCCUCCUUCAGGCGGUGAUCGACGGCUCCGACAAAGGUUACAUCAUUGACCUGCGCUCGAGUCAGCAGGCGCAGCAGGCCCGGAUGACAGGUGGAGGGUUCGAGUCCAAGUCCUGCUACACCAACUGGAAGAGGCUGCACAGACAGAUGGAGAGAGGUAAAGUCCUCCAGGAGAGUCUGGUUAAACUGGUGGAGGCCUGUAGUGACGAGUCCCACAAUAUGGACCGCUGGCUCAGUAAGCUGGAGAACUCCAGGUGGCUGUCUCAUGUCCAGACCGCUCUGUCAACUGCUGGUCUGCUGGCAGAGUGUGUGGAGAGGGACGGCCGAUCAGCGCUGGUCCAUGGUUCAGAGGGAACAGACUCCACUCUGCUGGUCAGCACUUUGGCUCAGCUCAUCAUGGACCCACGCUGCCGCACGCUGGAGGGUUUCCUGACCCUGCUGGAGAGGGAGUGGGUACAGGCAGGUCACCCGUUCCAGCAGCGCUGUGCCCACUCGGCCCACUCUCAUGCCCGCUUCCAGCAGGAGUCGCCGGUCUUUCUGCUGCUGCUGGACUGUGUGUGGCAGCUGUGCCGUCAGUUCCCUCUGGCUCUGGACGUCUCGGAGACGCUGCUGCUGAGGCUGGCAACUGAGGCCUACGCCUCGGACUUUGGCACCUUCCUGUGCAAUAACGACCAGGAGAGGUGUUCCUUAGAGGUGAAGGAGAAGACUCACUGUUUAUUCCGGGCCCUGCUGCGGCGCGAGGAGAGAGAGUGGUGCAGCAACCCACUGUUUGAGCCCACUGAACUGGCAAUCUGGCCCUCAGUCUAUCCUCAGUCUCUGCAGCUCUGGACAGGUUUUUUUCUAAGGUGGACCAGAGAGACUCAGCACCUGGUGGAGGCUCAGCAGGGAAUUAGGAAGAUGGUCAUUGAACUGGGACAACAAGCUGAUUGUAACUGAGUGUAACAGAGGAGAUCAUACCAUGGACAAUGUCAUCGACUGUUGUUUUAUAAAUUUUUAUACGACAAAAAAAAACAUUGUUCUGUU